GAUUAAGGGUCAUUUUUCAUCUACUAAUCUUCAUUAUUUGGGAAAAACAGGAGAAAAAGGAAAAGGAAAAAAAAAACCCCAAUAAUUACAACCUACAAGAAUUGCGCUACCUAAAUCCGUUUCAGAUAUAAUCCAUCCUGUUUUUCAUGACCUGAACCUUAUGCCAUCCCUGUGUUGGGCUGUGCCCCACUCGUCCUCAGCAGAGCAUGGGCAAGGCGGCUGUUGUGUUCUUUUUGGCAGCAGCAAUGCAAAUGAUAGUUAUAAAUUAGACUUUAAUAUUUUUGGUGUUUAAUGACAAGUUUUUAAACUGACAUAUUAGGACAAAAAAUUAUUUUUGUUAGCUCAGCAUGCUGAGUCCAGUACUGUGUAUGUCACCAGUACAUACCUCUAACAGCCCCACAGGGGCCCCGUGCCCAAUGGCUGGGUUAGAGGUGCCUUUGCCAUGAUCUCAGAAUACAGUCUGUUGAACUGUUCUAGACAAAGAUGAGGAAAACCAACACAUUUGAACAUCAGGGUUUCAGUCCAUCCCAUUUAUUUGUUCUUAUUUCUUAAUUUCAUUUUAAUUGAAUAUGGUUGAACUCUGAGCUUAGGGAAGACUACUAAGAAAAGGCCAUGAAUCCUGACUGCACAGGGAAGAGACCAUGCAAAAUGUUCAACAUUGGAGAAAGAGUUACAAAGUGUUUAAUCCAGAACGGUUUGGAAAUGUACUUGUUAAUUCUGUGCGUACUGAAUAAAAUGCAGUGUUUUCUCAGAAAAGUUCAUUAAGACCAAAGUGAACCUCAUUUAUGGAAAACUGUAUGUGGGAUCAAUGCGUACUGGCCUCUUGUUAUUAAUUCCAGGUGGAAGGAUGGCCUCACCACCAUUUCCCCAUCUGCACUGUAUUUACUGGGAGCUUAGUUUGUCAGUGCUUUCAUCAAUCCCCAUGGCGGCCCUCGCCCAGCAUCGGAAAAUGCUGGCCUGCUUAGCUGAUUAAAGAUUUAGUAUAAAUGUAACUGUUUAUGCUGAUUUCACUUUCAAUUGGAUUCCACUUUAAUAAAUAAAACAUUAGCAUAAUGGGUGAGUAGAUGUAUUGCCAAUAAUACCAACUUACAAAUACACAAAAUGAUUCCUUUGGCAAUUCUGGAUUUCUUGUAACUCCAUUUUAAAACUUAUUGUAAGAGGAUGGGUUAAAAUGCCUUAGGUCCAUUUCAUUAACUGAUUAUUUAUAGAAUAUAUACCCCCCUUAAUAUGUGGAAAAAUAAGAAUAAUUUAACUAGAGAUUCUAAUUCAAUGAACUGAUAGACUCAGAUUAUCCCACUACACACACACACACACACACACACACACACCCUUUAGCAAGUAACUUGACUUAUUAGCUUUCGGUAAUCAGUCCCACUUGCUGAUUUUGUUUUCCCCGAAAAAUGUGCACAUUGGCUAUAAUUAACAAAAAUUAAUUUGUUUUGAAUGACAGAUUUUGUGUAAAUUUCCACCUCUGUUUUGUUUUUAUGUGGUUUGUCAAAAAGGGCACUUCUUCCUUUGAAUUGAUGUAAAAAUACUUUCUUCUAAUCCAUGUCUAGACAUUUUGCAGAGGCACCUUGUUAUUUGUAAUUUAGUUAGAUCAUUUAUUUCAUGUCUGGUCGCAUUUGUUGCAUGGGAAGAGGACAACACUGAUGAACUGCAUGUAGUAGGACCUGUGUUUCAAGAACUGUCGGUAUGUAUUACUAAGUUUACAUACAUAUGUGCCAAGAGUGUGUCUGCACUGUAUAGUUUGUGUUUAAAUAUCAUGUGUUGUCUUUACAAAUACCACAUCGUGCAUAAAAGAUUUAUAAGAAGGCAUAUUAUAAACAUCAAGCAACUCUAUGUAACAGAAUGGCAUCAUGCCACCCACAGAUAUAGAGAAAUGUCAUGUAAAUAAGUUGGUAAACUCAAUUUUCCCCUUUACCAUGCCAAAGAAAAUUUUAGCUCUUUGAUGAUACCUCUCUAGCUAUUUUGGGGGGAUUAUACCACACCAUUUUUUCCCUUAAAAUCUGUUUGCUGUUAGUAAGUGCAAUAUGUCAAUAUUGAUGUUCUGUAUAGUACAUAUGAAGGAAUUUGUUUUUCUUUACAGAUCAUGUGUUUUGUACAUCCAUGUACAUACGUCAAUAGUAUUGAGUCUAUAAUAUUCUAUUUCUUUUGCAUGCAUAUCUGGUAAGGAAAGGUUGUUUCUGCUGAUUUGUUAUGGUAGUUGAUUGCUUCACCCAGUCCCUCAACAAUGCUUGGGAAUGUAAAUUGUUCAGAUAUUUCUAGUGACCCCAUUUUUGUUUUCUAACAUGUUUCUCUCUACAAGAUUAGAAAAAUGAUUGAAGAGCUGAAAGGUCCACUCAAGUAAAGAGUCGAACGAAAGGGACUGUUAUUUCAUUAUGAAUCCUAGAAUUGUCGUAUGCAGUGCUGAAUUUGCUCACCUAAGUGUUUUGGUUUGGAGGUGGCUUACGGACAUACACAAGCAGCCCAAAUGACUCCAGUUUCAAUCCUUCAACUUGUUGGCAUCCCGGUCGGAAAGCAGUUUCUUUAUCACAGCUGGCCAGUCACUUGGUUCAUCCAUGCCUACAGCAAAACACAGUCUUUUCAAGGUAAACUGUAUCAGAUGUGGGACCCUCAACAAAAAGUUUCCUGACUUUGUUUUUCCUUUUCCUGUACUUUAGGCACAUCCCUCUAUAUUUCAUGUUGUAUCCUAUAUCACAAUUGAAAUUUAUAUAUGACACAUAUAAAUUGACAUGUACAUGUGAUUUAUAUGUGUGUCCCUGGGAAGGAGGGACUCAGAGAUUCUGUUUAGAAAAAGAGAAAGUAACAAAAAAUUGGUUUCAGUGUUAUUUCAGAACACGGUCUUAUUCAGGGAAGGUAAUUAAAUAUAAGAUGACAUAUCAAAAUCCAGGAUAUAAAUUGUGAUCCAUAGGAGUCAAAUAUAUGUCAUAGCUUAGUUUUCUUAAUUUACAAGACAGCACACAGAAGCCAUUCACUCUACAGUACCAUGUAGGCUUCCAGGGCUGUGAUGACCAAGUCUGCACACAAAGGGCGAGGCGUGGUCUGUUUUGUUUUUCGUUUGUUCUGUAUCGUAGUCAGUCUAAUGAUGUCUGGUACUAAGGUUGCAAAUGUUCUUGAGGAGGGAGCUGGCUAUACCUUCCAAUAUGCUUCUGGGAUCUAGAGUCGCUUAGAGUCCAGGAAGACACUGGGGAUAGGUCUUGGGGCCUUAGUUGAAUUUUAUUCAAAAGUCAUUAUAUGAGAGAGUCUUCAGUGUUGGCAUGCCAAACAGACAGGAUGAUUCCACCACUUAUAAAUCUGUGGUACUCAUUUCAGUUGACCUUAACCCCACUGUACGUCCCUGAAAGCAAGGACAGGCAAUGGCUUUUGCAUAUUUCCCCACCAAGGACAAAUUUGUCUGUGCCUUGUCUUUCUUUACAGGUGAUUUCUCUCAGUAAUAGAAUCAAAAGGCAAAGUAAAAUAUCACAUUUAAGAAGUGUAUGAGUUAUGUUUUUACUUGCAAAUGUUAUGUUUCCAAUCCAAAAUGUGUAAGCUAAAUCCCUUCUGAAUAGAUUGGUGUUUGAAUUACAAAUCAAAACCACACGUACACACAGAGUAUCAUAUCUGACAUAAAGAAGGACAGCCAAGCUGUUCCUAUUGUACUAAAGUUAUUAUUAUAAAAGAGAAAACGAUGAAUGAUUUUGAGGUAAUUGUCAUGUGACCUAUUCUAUAAUGCCCUCCCAGUUAAGUGAAUUCCUGAAUGUAGAAUGAGUGUAAUACAUUUUCAAUUUAAUUUGUGCCCCCAAAUUGAAUAAAAAGCCCUCUGAACUUCAUGAGAUCAUGAUUUCUCCACGAUUUAAAUUUUUAAAAUCUUAUAUGAGAAUAUUAAGAGAACAGCAUUUCUAUGGUUGCUGUCAUUGUUAAUGAAAAGGCGCAAUACCAUUGAGCAUGUUCUAAGAAAAAUAAGAGACACUUGAGAUCAUGUGAUGAGUACAAGAAAUCAUACACAGAAGUGCCCAUGGAGCAGAGGCUGACAAACCGUGGUCCAGCUCUUGGCCAAAUCCAACCUUCUAUCGGGUUUCCUAUGAUCGAGGGCUAAAAUGUUUUCCCUUUCCACAUUUUAACCUAUAUAAAAAUAUAAGUAAACAAACAGUAACAUGUAACAGCUGUGUCUCUGUGCCAAGGACUGUCCUCCUCUUUCUAGGAAAUCAAGCACUGCUAGAAGGCAAACCGGAUGCCACUUUUUCUAAGACAAGAGAGUCAUGUAAGGGAUUAGGAUGAUUUUGUAUCACCAAAGAAGUAAUAAGAUUCCUAUGAACAUUUCCAAUAGGUUUGUUUGAGGCACGAGAUGUUUAGUUAGAGAAAAGAAUGCAAUCUAUAUUAUUAAUAUUUCCCUCAGUUCACAAAAUGGAUAUAUCAACAUCUUCAGUAAUAGUGAUACAGCCAAUAUGGUUGUACUCCUUAAUCUCAGGAUAGAGAUAAUUUUAUAAAUCAAUUAAAAAUUAGAACCUUAUCAGUAAUUUUUAAAGCCUAGUCAAUUAGUAUGAUAAAAUCAGAGUCAGUUAAAUUUUCUCUUGAAAUAAUUUUCACUAUUCAAUUUUUAAGUAGCUCAGCAGAUGCAUACAUUUCCUUAUUUUACUUUUUGGUCAUUUGGCUUAUGCGGUCCAAGCCAAGACUCUGAAGUAUUUAUGUUAUGAAAAUAAAAUUUCCAAAAUUUCAUCUUAAAUACUAUGGAAAUGGUUUUUGCUACCUUCUUCUAGAAUUUUACAAAAUGUAAUUCACAUUUAGGGCAAAAACAAUUGUUAACACUAAAUGUUUAAAGAUUGCCUAAUCUGUAUAAGUAGAGUCGACUGUAAAUACUUAAAGGAUAUCCCAAUUGUACAUUUUCAAAAUUCAAUGUGAAUUUCAUACACAGAAAAAUUUCACCAUUAAGAAAAUAAAAAAAUUUCUUUCUACCAUCGAGUGGAUACUUGUAAUGAAUAUUUAAUCCAUUUCUGGGUGUUUUUGUUUUUGUUUCCUCCGAUUUUGAGAUUGGUGCCAUUUUAUCAUAGUCUCUCUUGAUUAUUUUGCAUGACUCCACUUUUUCCAGGUAAUAAUGUAUCCCUAAGGAAAAAAAGAGAAUUUUUCAAGGCAAAGUCAUGCAUGUUUCAUGCCCACCAUAUAUCUCACGAGAGAGUUGCCUUUCCUAAAGGUCAAAUACCAAGAAGGAAUUAAUAACAAAAUCUGAUUACUUGCACAUGUAGCCCCUGCCCAGUAUAAAAUAUAUGAUCCCUUAAUUCUACUAAUCUGAAUUGCAGAUCCCUGAAUAGCCAUUCAUUUCACCUUUUCAUUAAUGAUGAAUUGAUACAUAUAUAUCGACGCAGAGUGGGAAUAAUUUGUGGAAUUCUUUAUUUAAAAUGUUAAAUCGUACAUUUUUCAUAGUUUCUUUUUUCACCCUAAAGACCAUUCCUCUGUGAGGUUGAAACGUGAGCAGACAAACGAAUUAGUGGGAAAACAUGAACAGUUUUUCUCAUUUCUGAGGGAUCUGAGCUCUGGGCUGUGUCUUGCCCCCUGACAUGACACCCCGUAUGCCUUCGUUUUCAUCGCUUUCCUAGAGAAACUGUGACACAGAAACUUGGGGAAACCUUGUGAGGGAUCUAUCUUUUCCUUCGUGUUAAAUAUGGUCUUUGUUGCACAGAGAUGUGCACGUCUAACAACUGUAAUUCAGGAGUUCUCAACUUCACCAUUUGGACAUUGGGAGUCAGAUCAUUCUUCGUUACGGCGCUCCUCUGGUCCCGAUAGGAUGCUGAUCAGCAUCCACCGUCUCUCCAGACUAAAUGCUAGUAGCACUGCCUUCCCUAGUAUAACAAUCAAAAUGAUCUGCACGCAUUCCCAAAUGUCUUUUUUGGGGCAGCCUGGUCCCUGUGGAGCAGCAUUGAUGUAACGAUUUGGGGUGAGUGAGAGGGUUCUCUCUAGUGCAUCUGCAUCCACAUUUGCUUAACUUAUUUCCAACGGAAUUCUUUCAGGCAUUUAGAAAUAGAAAAACAUACAAUAGUCAGUUUGCUCUGUCCUAGUGGUAAAUAUACAUGGUUUUCAUUUAUAUGUUUCAAUAGCUUUUAAAAAGUGAAGAAUGCUAUGGGUAGUCUGGGCCAAGCCAAAUUUCGCAAGCAUUUCCAUUCCAUCGGUCCCAGCAUUCACAGUUUCCACAGCUACAAAUUCCAUUCCCUGCAAGAAAAUACACAGAACAUGCAUGAUCGUGAUCUAUACGCAUUGAGUUCUAAUAAAACACACCCCUCCAUAAUAAAAUUCAUUUAAUUCAUCUGCAACAGUUUAAUAUUUUUACAGGGGUCUUUGCAUUUUAUGAGGCAGCUAUGAGAAAUGUGUUCUUUCAAACAAGUAAAGCAUUGCAUUUGGUCCCUCCAUGUAUAUUGUACCAGUCAAAUAGCAACCGUCCUGCAUUGUCCCAGCCGGGCUCCUAUGUGGUAGCUUUGUUUUCCAUUAGGAAACAAUCUAUACCUGACUUAUGAGUAACUAUUAAAAAACAUAGAGCUUCCUGACCUACUGCAAGGCCAGGCAAGAACUCGGUGAGUGGAGGCCCCUUGUCAGGAGCAACCGGAAAUGAAUGGCUAGCUUAAUGGCACAUCUCUUAUCUUAAACUAGAAGUCAAGAGAAUAAACAUGUUUCCCCAUUGCUCUUCCAGUUCUAUGAGUCUAAGCGACUCAAUGUCGGUGAGUUUUUUAUUUUUAUUUUUUGAAUCCCCAAACACUUACUUUGCAAGUCAUAAUUAAAGCCCAAUAACUAAGGAUACCAAUAGCCAUUAUACAAACACAUCUGUUUCAUAGCCUCUGCACCCACACAAACUCUUUAUUAUAAACAACCAACGAACACUUUAGUGAUCCUAGAACUAUUGGGACCUAGGUCCUUCCAUCAGGCUCAAAGUCAAACGACUACCAAGGGGAUCCUUUCCUCUUUUCAGUAGAUAGCUUCUUGGUAUGACUUUUCAGUAGGGAGAGGGGGGAGACUACUUUGUGAAUGUUUCUCAAAAAAUAUAUACUUUUAAUUCCAUUCCUUCAUAGUCUUCUGUUCUAUUCCUGGACAUAACAGGCUUAUUCCAAAAUGCCCACCUUCUCUUCAACAGUUACUUCAUAGGAAGAAAUGGCUCUCCUUUUCUUCCAUAUGAAGUGCUAUGUGGUACACAUAACCUGGCCGUAUGAUCACCCCUGGCAUGGAACGCUGCGCAAUGGCUUGAUACUGCACCUGUGCAAAUGAGGCCAUCAUGUUUGUCGCAGUCCCGGUCAUCACAGUCGCACAAUUCCCCCGAAACAUACCAUUCCUGGGUGGAACAAAUGCAUUUGCCACAGUGACAGGAACCUGAAAUCACAAAGAAUAUUACUCCCAGACCAUUUAUAACGAAAGCUUUCAGUGCAGACUAGAAUAUUUUCACAGCCUGGCAAAGGAAAAAGCUCCUUGGAGAGAUGGGUUGCUCAGAGGGGGGCUUUCCUUACUAUAAUCCACAAAGGUUAUCCAGGAAAGGCAUCAUUAAACCUCUAGACAGUUGCAAUUAGCCUUGGGCAAAGAUUUCACAGCCUAGCCUGGUUAUAAUAUCUGUGAGUGUGAAAUGUGGCUGAGUUUUACAGCCUCCCCAAAUGGAAUAUAGCUAUAUAUUUAUCUCUCAACUGAAUUCUGCUUUGAAACUGCCUGCUAUUCAAGGAAAUCCAGGAAUCUAAUUGUAAGUCCUGUCAAAUGAAGAUGCCCCUUAUAAUCAAAAGAACGUAUCAAUUGUCAUGCUUACAGUUUCAGAUUUUCAUUGACUUGUUUUUUCUCAAGUAUGUACCGUCCACGAGUGGCUUCUUCUGUUGCUAAAAAUGCACACACAAUAACUUAGCAGACGCUGCCAAGAGAUUCUCUAACUGAUCCCACCAAGGUGUUCACAUGUUACUUUACAGGUUUGCCUACCAUUCCCGCUAUCUCUUGUCUUCCUCCUCGGGUUUCCUACCUAAUUAAAACCUGUUGUCAAAAGGUAGAUAUAUCAAUUAAAGGACUUCACAAAGAGGAGCAAAAUCUCUGAGUCUAAAUGUUCUUAGAAAAGUGAGCUUCCCAAAAAGUUCCUGGGGAAAAAAACAGAAUUAAAAGAUAACAGAACAUUUCCAUACAUUUGUUGAAGCCCUCACAUAUAACAGGGUGUAGAUCCUCACGUGACAAAAUUAUAUCUUUAAUAGCAGUAAAGACACAAAUGAAGGCUGGUAACUUUAAAAUUAAACUAAAAGAUCGCUAUCAUUCCAAUGUUCAGGUAAAUAUCACUUUUAGAGGAAAUGAAGUAGACUGAUUUGCUAAGUUCAAAAGAUACUGGGAGAAGGGGAAGCAGGAAAUAAUUUAAACCACGUUGUAUUUAAAAAUGAGUUAGCAAUCAGAAUGAUUCGUAUGAUUAGGGUAGGAAAAUGACCAUUUUCCAGAUUUUGGGAAAGGAAUCAUGUUAAAGUGUCCCCAGCAUCACUUGUUACUAUUUUUGAUGAUGGAAACCAAUAGAUGCAUUUUAGUUACAAGCAUUCCGAUUGGCCAAACUGAAUUCUCACCAUUCCUCGUCGAACUUCUCAAAGUCCGAGAGUCGUCCAGGAGCUAUAUCUGUAUGUGAAGACUAGUACUUUUCAUUAUUUUUCGUUUCUUGCUUAAUCAGACCAUGCUUUGACUUAUUCUUAACUUAUUCGGCAGCAUAUGGGCUGAUUUUCAUGCUCUUGGGCAAAAUCCAGACAAAUGUCAGUUCUGUUGACUGAUUGAUGGCUUGUUGGUUUUUGGGACCCAAUGAGCUGUCCCUCUUAGAUCAGUCGACUAGAGAUGGUGGCUACCCAGUGGCGUAGUCCAGACAGGGUUCCUUUGGCUUACAGGUUUAUUUAUUCCUAUUUUAAAGACUUUCAUUCAGAGUUCUAGGAUGGAAUUGUUCAAUACUCCACUUGUUUAGCAAAUAAUUAUUAUCUACCUGGCAAUCAUGAAAACUCAUUGCAUUUCACUGGCUGCCUGAGGACCUGCCUCAGAAGGCAUCAAACAGUGUGUUGUUUCUAUCACCAGAUGAUGUUAAUGAUUUAAAGAAUUUCCCAGGGCUUGGUUGUUUUUAAAUAGUAUCUCCUUUGCAGUGUAGAAUUAUUUCUACAGCAAGAGUACAUGAUUUCAUAUAUGUCAAUGUACUCCAUGAUAUUUGGGCAUUAGACCUAGGAUAGUUUUUAUUUAUAUCAUUUUAAUGUUACAGUUAAAGGACAGAUCUCAUUUUUCAUCCUACAAGUUAACCUUAGCUUUUGAACUGUUAAAAUAACUGCGCUUGAUUUUCGAAGGCUUCUCUUAAACCACAGCAAAGAAUUUUCCUAAAAUUCGCUUGAAAGCCAACAUGGUACCCAUUGAUGGGCCCUUUGCCAAGUCAAUUCCAGUACCCAUCAUUCUCGGUUACUGAAAUUUUGGAAAGGGAAAUGGGGACUUAUUUCGUAUGUACUGUGAAACACUAGGUUUCCUCAAUUCAGCCUUCCCCCCUGCUGUGCUCUUUCCUGUCUGCCAGUGCUCAGUAAAUCGUAGAGACAGGAAAUUGUUCUGUUUGUGACACUAGAAAUCAACAGCAUGCAAUAAUAGUAGAGUGUGACAGUUAUAAGGACCUAUGCUAACACCUCGUACACAGAGCUCUGACCACUUUUAUGAAAAAAAUCGGGGUCAUUUCCAGUUCAAGAUAGGGCACACUUAGGGGUUCUAUCAGAUAGACGUAGGGUGCAUGAAUGUCAAACUAUGAACAACCAGUCAGCCCAGUGAGUGUCCUCGCACUGCUGCUAUUCAGUCCAGCCCAGGUGGACUGCUGGUUCAAUCUUCCCAGGAGCCGGAGGGCAGGGAGUCCAUGCCCACAGAGCCUCGAAUCCAGGAACUUUCUUUCCCAGUGUAAGAACUCCGAAGAAAGCUCCCAAGCCCGUCUGUGCACACAUCUGACCCACAGCCCAAGGGAAUCAGUCAUAGCUUCCCAUUUGCCCUCAGUGGGUAUUAAUUAUUUAAGAAGGAGAAACACAAAAUUAUUUUGCCCCCACAGAUGAAAAAAGUAAAAGAGAAUGAAAUUGUCGAAGGCACAUAGGCUGCAAACUACCGAUUGGACCCAAGGUUGUGUUCUGACUCAGGAUACCUUGUCGUUCCCUAUCUGUGACGCCUCCCACAGCUUUGAAGAGGAGCUGUGGUGUGGCAGACCUGAGGUGACGACCAGACUGGAUGUGACAAUUAGAGAAGCCUCUGCUAAGGGGGAUUUUGCAAGCAAAAUUUGGCCCAUUCUCUCUGGGGAUGGUGUGGGGGGAGGUGUGUGUGUGUGUGUGUGUGUGUGUGUGUACUGUGGAUCUAUUUGGAUGGUGGAGAUCCAUCAAGGCCCACCGCUGUGGUUGAAGGAAGCCUUUAGAGACAUUUGUGUAAAGCCAGGGCCAUGCGACAUCUUUUCAAAUUCUGGAAGUGACUCCUUGGAUCUAGGCAGAAGCCAUCAAGGCUGACGAGUGAUUGAAUACUCUUCAAUCCAAAUAAAUAAAUCUGCAAAGGAACACAUGCCUAUGAAUUCUGUCCCAUUUCUCGUAAAGGUAGCUAAGGACAGAUCUGGCCUCUAAACUCAUCUCUUUUGGUGAUUCGCAUUGAAAGGCAAAGCGCCUUUGUUAGUCACCCAUUGAUCAUCUCAGCCUUUCUUUUCCCCUCCUCCAGCCUGGCCCAGUGCUGCAACUGACAUCCCAGCAGGCAGUUUUCACCAGUGUCCUAACUACUCCAUCUGUUCUGAAGGUCACAACAAUGUAUCUUGUUUUAAAUUUUUCUAUGGAGUGAUUUAUUGUCUUGGCUAUAAAUUUGUAAAGAAAUAAAAUGCUAUUUCUUCAUCGUC